GAAGGUGAAGCGAAGGAUUUAAAUCUUGCUGGCAUGGCAAUAGGUAAUGGUGAAUUGAGUAUGUAUGAACAGCUUAACUCAAUCCUUCCCUUACUUUAUUAUAGAGGAACUUACGGCUAUGACACAGAUGAUAGCAUUCCAGCAGCUUAUUACGACUAUUCAUCUCGUGUAAACAUUGUUAAUGUAGGCGAGGCAUAUCCUAAGGAUAAUACAAGUUACUGUGAUAAUUUGAUGGUUGAGUACGGAGUGGAGUACAUUUGGAUGCACAGUCUAUUCCAAGACGUGUACAAUAUCAACCAAGAUUGUUACCGUUACCAAUUAUAUUACACAGCAGCUGGAUCUAGAAUAGCGCAAUUAAGACGGAAAUUAGAUCAUAAGAAGCCAAAUAUUCAACUUCCAAUGUCAUAUUAUAAAAACCAAAAGGCGAAAAUCAAUUAUGAUUCGACAGAUGGAAAGGCAAGUUUCUAUUGUUUUGCUGCAGAAGCUAAUGCAAAUUAUCUGCAACGUUCAGAUGUGCGAAGUGCAAUUCAUAUUCCAUCUCACUAUUUCUGGAUAUUAAUUAAUGCUCAAACUGAAAUUAAAAUACGUUUAGAUGAAUGGUUUGUUGAAAAAUUAGCGGAGUCGCAUAAGAUGAGGGUUGAACAGCCUAGAACCCCGUGGUAUUAUCAGUCUCAAGUAGCUGGUUACUGGAAACGUUUCACGUAUUCUACCACUGCUAUCGAUUUACUUACUGUAAAGGGUGCUGGUCAUUUUGUGCCUUUAGAUCGACCUGGUCCAUCACUACAAAUGAUUAUGAAUUUUAUGAACAGAAGUGAUUAUUCUACACCAUAUGGAUAUGAUACAAAGUUAACGCCAUUGCGAGAGCAGUACAAAAUUUUACAAAAAAUUAUUGUUGAGUAUUCCGAUGGGAUCGAGCAAAUAUCUACCAAAAAGGCAAAAAAUGUAAUUCAUAAAAGAGAUACUUCUUCAAGCGAUUAUUUGCUGCACGGAUUUAUAGAGAAUUUGCCAUUUAUCACAUUCAUCCCUGAUUUUGAGCAAUGGGCUGGAUACUUUACUAUUGACGAUCUUUCCAUUUUCUUUUGGUUUGUGGGGGCACGUAAGCAUCAGCAAAAAGCAGCUUCGGAUGAGGCAGUGGUUGUUUGGUUGGGCGAUGGGCCUGGCUGUAGUCCAGUCGCUGACCUUUUUCAGGAUUUUGGUCCUUAUAGACUCAAAGUUAACACGGAUGGCACCAUCAGUUUAAACCAGAAUCCUUUUUCGUGGAAUCAGGCUGGUAAUUUUCUGUUUAUUGAAACUCCUCAAGGAGUGGGCUAUUCAAAAUAUAAAGAGAACGAACUAAACGAUGUUGAGACAACAAAAAUAAAUCUAAAAGUAUUGAAGAAAUUUUAUGAAAACUUCAAAAACUAUUCAAACAAUCCACUAUUUAUUGGAGGAAAGGGUUACGGAAGUGUAUUAGCGUUGAAACUGACUGAAGCCGUACUUGAGGAAAAAUCAAGCAUACCAAAGCCAUCUGGAGUUUUACUGCAAAAUGCAAUGCUAAGCCGAAAGGAGCAGAUCAAUUCACUACCCAAUUUGUUGUAUUUUUCGGGGGAAAUCGGAAAAGAAAGUAUGACUGAAGCGGAUAAUUUUUAUGAAAACUGCUACUACAUGGCGUCAAUGGAUGUUCACAAACGUAAAAAACGACAAGCGUAUCACUUCGGUGACAUACCGCUAGUCAACGAUGAGACAUUCAUUGAUCAAGCCCAAUUAAUAAAUUAUAUGUCGACGGAUGCGUUUGCUUCUUAUCCGUGCUACAUGAAUGAAAUAACUGAAGCAUAUCUAAGUAAGAGUGAAGUGAAAAAUGCUUUGAAUGUACAGUAUCCAGGAAGAUGGGUGAAAUGCAACAUAAAAGUUCACGAAACUUACAUUCAACAGUAUUUGGAUAUGACUGAUACUUUCCGAAAGUUACUGUCAUAUCCGUUAAGAUUUCUUGUUUAUUCGGGCAAUGCUGGCCUUAGCAACAACUUCAUAGCAAAUCAGUGGUUUGUUGAGAAGUUAUCGGUUGGUUUUAAAAAAUCACCUCACCUGCUUUGGAAGUUUGCUCAAUCACAUGAUUAUUUGACGCAGUACGCGGGUUAUCAAGAUUUAUAUGCCAAAGAAAACGUCAAGAUUGAUCUUAUCACUGUUAAGGGAGCUGGUCAUGAUGUAGCAUUGGAUAGGCCACUGCCAACUCUACAGAUGUUCAUUAAUUAUUUACAGAAUGAAGCUUAUGGAACUAUGAUUACUUACUUACCUGAGCAACCACCAAUUUCCCCACCAACUCCACCACCUAAAAUAAGUCGACGAGAAGCUGCAAAAAUUUACGAUUUACCUGGUUUAACGUUUGAAAUUAACUUUGACCAAUAUUCUGGUUACCUAAAUGCGUCCCUCGGAAACUACCUUUUCUUCUGGUAUCAUUUUCUUUGCAGUUUUUUACUUGAAAACACUGACUUCGUGUACAAAAUUGGAGAUAUUUAA